AUGAAGGUAGCAGUACUGCUCCUCUUGGUGAUUGGAAUAGUCGCGGCAUUGGCUUCCGAGAAGAUAGAAGAAGCUGACGACGAACAAAGAAGAGAAUUGUUUUCGCAAAGCAAACAGAAACGAUUUUGUGGGGCACGACUGAAGAAAGCAAUGGACAAGAUCUGCUGGAAGGGCUACUGUGAGGAAGUAACUGGUAAGCCAUAAAACAAAUAAAUAUAAACAAGAACCAUACUGCCAAAUGUUUUGUUCUCCCUUAUCAGAUGAUUUUUAGCCACAAACAAUCACAAACCUUUUUUGAACUGUCGCACAAACCGAUAAUUUCAGAUAAGGAAAUCAUGAGGUUCUGCACCAUCGGAGCAACUUUCGAGGACUUGAAGAAAAAAUGUUGUAUUUGA